CUCUCCUCAACCGUCCGACUGCUGCGUGGCACCUGGAUAUUGACUCAGACGAUACAAAACUAUCGUCUACCUUUCAUCUAUAAGAACCUGCAAUCCCUCGGGUUGUAGAGUCAAAACAUCCGACUCACCAUACAACAUACCAUAGAACGGUCUUCCACGCAACUCCACCACCCGACUCCCAGCACCACAACACAAGAUGACCAACACCAGCGACCCCGAGACCGUCGAGGUCAUGCCUGAGAUUCGUUCCCAGGAGCAGCCCAUUGCCAGCAGCCGCAGAGUGACGGUGCGCCUGGGAGACGACGGCCCCAACUCGACACGAUCAGACAUCCGCAUCUCUCACGGCAGCAAAAAGGACGCCCUCUCUAUCCAGCUCAACCGCACAAUCCGCGUCCCCGACAACAGAGACACCAACAGUCUCCCCCCCGGUCUCGGAACCUUCCCUCUAUUCAAGGUCCACGAUUACGCACACAACAUGCCCCCGGACAUGGCCAAGAAGGGCGGCAUCUUCUUCCCAAUGUACCAGCGCGAGGCUAUGUGGGUCAACUUCUCGGCCCAGGCCCCUUUCGCCAUCAAGAUCUACGUUGGCGGUGUCAAUGCGGUUUCCGGCCUGCCCAUGACGGAGAACGAAAAGACGCUCGAAAAGCGCGUGCGGUUGCUCAACAGCGGCAAGCAGAUCCAGGACUACAUGGUGGUGCCUGACCAGAACUGGCUGGACGGCAUUGUAUCAGAGGACGGCAAGAUCCGGCAGUUCGUCGCGCAGCCCAAGGGAUCGGGCUUCUCGGUCGAGGCCCAGGUCACCGGAGAGGAGAACAUUGGCGGCAUCCAGAUUGAAGUGAUUCCCAUCAAGAAGAAUCUCCCAACCGAGUUUGACGUCCGCUACGAGAACAAGGAGCAUAAGGUCGUCACCCGGACCUUCAACGUUGCGGAAAAGGGUCUCACCGGUGAGAGCACCUGGCUGGACGUCAAGAAGCUCAUCCGCGACGAGUUCGACAUUGCCGUCGAUCAGCAGCGUCUCAGCGACCACAACAACCGCUCGGGCUUUGACAAGUACCGAAUCGACUUUUCCGACAAUACCAAGCUUGGCGACACCUACUUCCCACCAAACUUCUCGACUGUCAACGUCGUGCACGAUACGCCAAUGCGAGGCCGCAUGCGCAUGAUGGGAGGGCUCAAGUCCAUGGCGGCUCCUGGCGGCGGUCCCGAGAUGAUGAUGUGCGCAGCUUCCGUCUCCAGUCCUAUGGCGGCACCACCUCCGGCAGUGGAGGAGAUGGGUCUUGCGGCUGGUGGUCUCAUUACCCAAACGAUCGAGGAAGACAAGUAUCCGGCCGACGUCUGGGACGUCGAGGCCUCAGUGAUGUUGAACCUGCAGAUCCUGAGCGUCGAGUCCUUCUGCGCCGUGACUGGACAGCCGGCCCCCGACACCCCGGUUAACGCCCAGUCAUACGCCAACCACGGCUAUCCAUUUUUUGAGAUUUGGGGAGAGGAGAAGACGGGCAUCAAGGGGGACUUUUCCGACGUGAAGAGCGUGGCGCAGAUCGAGGCCGAGAGAGCCGCAGCGGCCGGCGAGGAGUACAAGGAGGAGGAGAGCGUGCCGGUGAGGAUUGUGCAGCUGGGCCCCUUCCGAAGCACAUUCCGGCCUGUGGAGGUGCUGAAGAAGGAGCUCGAAGGGCUACGCUUGGAGUGAUGAUUGUAUGACAUUUUAAUGAUGCAUGAAAGGACGCAUGGCACAGGAUACUGGGUUUUCGACAAUAAGAAAUGUUCCGCACUCUGUCUCAAGUCACAAGCCAGAUUAGGAUCGUAGGUCGGACUGAAAAAUUAUGGCAGCAAUAGUUUCUGCAUCACCUUAGGUACCUUAGCCCAGAUGAAAAAGAACUACCUACUUCACUUGCAUGCA